AUGGCUCUUCUCCAACAACGUCGCAAGAUCCCCUCCUUGUCUUUAGCCUCCACCCCCGUCCACCACCGCCCAAUUCUCUCCCUACAAACCAUCCCUCGCCCCGCCGUCACAACCACCAUCACCUCCUCCUCUUCCACAGCACCCAUCUCCGCCUCAGACCUCGAGCGACUCCAAGUCUUGGGUCACGGCAGCGGCGGCACCGUCUACAAGGUCCUUCACAAGCCCACUUCCACCCCUUACGCUCUCAAACAACUCCACUCGCCGGCUGCUGACUCCUCCUCCGAUAACAACACACUUCAGAGUGAACUCGACAUCCUCCGCCGCACAACCGGCUCUCCCUACGUCGUCCACUGCCACGCCAUCUUCGAGAAGCCCUCCGGAGACGUGUCGGUUCUCAUGGAGUACAUGGACUUGGGUUCUCUUGAAACCUUGCUCAAGUCCCAAGGUCCCUUCUCCGAAGAAAAGCUUGCCCCCAUCGCACGCCAAGUCCUCGAAGGCCUCGACUACCUUCACAAGACUCACAAGAUUGUUCAUCGCGACAUCAAGCCCGGGAAUCUUUUAAUGAACAACAAGAAGGAGGUCAAGAUCGCCGACUUUGGUUGCAGUAGUGACGAGUCUUGCAGUUCCUCUGUGGGGACUUGUGCUUAUAUGAGCCCGGAGCGGUUUGAUCCGGAGAGAUACGGUGGAAGUCACAAUGGCUAUGCCUGUGAUAUAUGGAGCUUUGGGGUGACUAUAAUGGAACUCUACAUGGGUUACUUCCCCUUGCUCCCGAAGGGUCAGAGACCGGACUGGGCAUCUCUUAUGUGCGCUAUCUGUUUCGGAGAGGUGCCGUGCUUGCCGGAGGGUGCGUCGGAAGACUUUAGGAGCUUUCUUGAGUGCUGCAUGCACAAGGAGGCCUCCAAGAGGUGGACAGCGGCUCAACUUUUGACCCACCCGUUCGUCUGCAAGGCUCCAUCCGAGGAAUGCAAGCCAAACUUGUUCGACAAGAAAAGAAAACGUGAUGAUGAUGGCGUUGAGCGAAGUGAGAGAUCUCAAAAAUCAAUCAAGAUUGAAGUAUGUUAG